AUGAUUAUCUACAAGGAUCUAGUGACUGGCGACGAGAUCAUCUCCGAUAGUUACGGCCUCAAAGAUGUCGACAAUGUGGUGUAUGAGAUCGACUGCAAGAGAAUCACAAAGGGGGGCGUGAACGUCGAUAUUGGCGCAAACCCUUCGGCUGAAGGCGAGGAUGCUGAUGCACUCGAGGAAGGGGCUGAGCAAGUCAUCGAUGUCAUCGAUUCCUUUCGCCUAGUUUCAAUACCUUUCGGUGACAAGAAGGGUUUCGCAGGACAACUGAAGGGGUUCAUGAAGAAAGCCAAAGACCAAUGGACAGCAAAAGGCAAAAGUGAGGAUGAGAUCAAAGACCUCCAAAAGGGCAUACAGGGCUAUUUCACAAAACACUUGUCGCCAAAUUUCAAGGACUUGGAAUUUUUUACCGGAGAAUCCAUGGAUCCCGAUGGAAUGUAA